AACUUCAACCCUUUUAUUAAAAGUGAAAGUGGUUUCUUCUAUGAAAAAAUACACUUUAGUUCUUUUUUAAACGUUCAACUAACAUGAAGUCCUUAAUAAUUGGUGCUGUAUUACUAGUCCUUUGUAUUGCGUUUAUUCAAAAAGGACAUACAAAUGAUUCUUCAUCAUUUCUAAGUGUAAAUGCAUCACUUGCUGUGGUUGUAGAUCAUGAUUAUGUCCAACAAAAAGGCUCUGAUAUUUUGACUGAUUUACAGAAAAUUCUAGCUGAUACUAUUCGAGAAAACUUAAAGAAUGGAGGAGUCAAUUUGAAAUAUUUCACUUGGAGUCCUUUGGGUUUAAAAAAAGAUUUCAUAGCUGCAAUAACAAUUAUGGACUGUCAAAGGACUUGGAAAUUCUUUGAAGCAACACUAAUCAAUUCAAUUCUUUUAUUCGCUAUCACCGACUCCGAUUGUGCUCGUUUACCAUCUGACAAAGCUUUAAUGAUACCAAUAAUUGAAAAAGGAGAAGAACUUCCUCAACUUUUACUCGAUAUUAAAGUUCAAAAUGCACUCAAAUGGAAAUCAUGUGUUUUACUUCUUGACAAAUCAAUUGUAAAUCAAAAUUCCCAAAUUAUUGAGGCACUUGUUCAUGAUAACUCCAAUAGUAAAAUUGAUCCAAUUUCUUUGUAUAUCUACACUUUUGAUGAUGAUUUACGAAGUCAGCGAAAAAGAGCUAGAAUGAGAGAAACUUUAAGGACAUUUACCAGAAGUCGAAAUAAUCAAUUUAUAGUCUUUUCGAAUUCAGUUGAAGAUAUUGUCGAAGUUGCUGAAGAAUUGAAAAUGUUUCACAUACACAAUCAGUGGUUGUAUUUUGAUUUGCAUGAUAAUAACGAAGAUUGGACAUUUGAAAGUUUGACGCAGAAUUUGAAAGAAGGUGCAAAUAUUGCAUUUGCUAUAAAUGAAACUAAUCGAAAUUGUGAGGAAUCUUUAAGAUGUUUAAUGUCAGAAGUAUCUAUGGGCUUUAUUUUAUCAUUGUCAAAACUUAUUCGAGAAGAAGAAUCUAUUUUUAGUGAAAUCUCCGAUGAAGAAUGGGAAGCAAUUCGGUUAACUAAAUCAGAAAAACAGGAGAAGCUUUUAAAUUACACCCAAGAUUAUCUUAAGUUAAAUAGUGCUUGUGCGAGUUGUUCGAAAUGGAGAUUCAAAACAGCAAUAUCUUGGGGAAAAACUCAAGAGCAUUACAAAAAGACCCAUGAAUCUAGUAAUAAACAUGCCAAAAAUAAAUAUGAAUUUAUUGAUGUUGGAUAUUGGAGUCCGAUUUUGGGAUUUGUUACAACUGAUGCAAUAUUUCCUCAUAUAAAAGAACGAUUUAGAAAUAUAACUAUGGAUGUUAUUACGUAUCAUAAUCCACCUUGGCAGAUUCUAAAAAUCAACGAAAAAGGUGACGUCAUUCAAUCAUCAGGAAUUGUGAUCGAAUUGUUGAGAGAAUUGUCUCGGAAACUCAAUUUUACAUAUCGACUUUAUGAUGCCAGAUUAUUGGAAGAUGAUACAGCAAUAAACGAAAACGACACUACUUUUUCAGAUCUCUAUGGAAGUUUGACUCACUACAUCCCGCAAUCUGUAGUUGAACUUAUUCAAAAUAACAGGUUUUUCAUAGCUGCAGUCGCAUGUUCAAUUGAUGAUCCGGAAUCAAAGCCAUUUAAUUACACAAAUCCAAUUAGCAUUCAAAAGUACACCUUUCUAUCAAGACGGCCUGAUGAAGUGAGCCGAAUAUACUUGUUUACAGCUCCUUUUACAUUGGAGACUUGGGCUUCGCUAAUUGGAGUCCUUCUAACAACAGCCCCAUUACUGUAUUUAAUAAACAUCCUUGUGCCAAAUGAAGACCUCCGUACUAAAGGAUUAUGUAAGAUAAACAGCUGUUUCUGGUAUGUCUAUGGGGCACUUCUUCAACAAGGUGGAAUGUACCUUCCAAGAGCUGAUAGUGGAAGACUAAUUGUUGGUGUUUGGUGGAUUGCUGUUUUAGUCCUUGUCACAACUUAUUGUGGCAAUUUAGUUGCAUUCCUUACAUUUCCCAAAUUUCAGCCUGCUAUUGAUUUCCUGUUUCAGACUUUUCAUCACACCGAAGUGGAACAAUUUGGACUUCGAAAUGGUACAUUCUUUGAGAAAUAUUCUUCGCUUACAAGUCGAGAAGACUUUAAAAGGUUUAUGGAAAAAGCCACAAUAUACAACAAUUUGAGCACUGAAAAUAUCGGUGCUGUCGAAAAAGGACACCGUAUCAAUAUCGACUGGCGUAUUAAUCUUGAACUUACAAUUCAGAAACAUUUUGAAAAAAAUAAAGAGUGUAAAUUUGUAUUAGGAAAAGAGGACUUUGUUGAAGAACAAAUAGGAUUGAUUAUGCCAAUUAAUAGUCCUUAUAUGUCAUUGGUUAAUGAUGAAAUUAAACGUCUUCAUCAAAUGGGAUUUUUAGAUCGCUGGCAUAAGAUUAAUUUGCCAUUAAGAGAUAAGUGCAAAGGAAAAGUACUUGGACAAAUAACUAAUCAUAAAGUAAAUUUAACUGAUAUGCAAGGAUGUUUUCUAGUAUUGCUCAUUGGUUUUACGAUUGCGUUAUUUAUAAUUUUAUAUGAAUACUGGUGUCGAAGUUUAAGUGUGUCAAAGAAAGGAAAUAUUGGACAGUAUGCAACUUGA